CGCGGGGCGCGGGACCGGAGCCACCGGACAAAGGAGAGGCGCGGCCGGACCGCGGCUGCCCUUAUCAACCGGCAUACAGUCGCCGCGCGCGCCCCGCGAUGCACGCCUCGCCCCACACGCGCUGAGACGGACGGACGAACUAGUGAACUGUGAUAGUGAGUGAAAUUACACUUAAAACUGUGACCACGUGCCGCGCACUGCGCAACCCUUCACUUUUAUUGGCGGGAAAGCUUUUAUUAUAACGCAAGACGGCUCAUCUGUCAAAAAUUGUAAACAAAACACACGUGCCGGCUCGCAAUAAGCGAGGGGCCAAAAUGACAACAAAAGGGAAGCGGCCGAUGCGGGCCCUGACGCCGGGCGACAAGAUCGAGGCCAUACAACGCGUUAACGACGGCGAGUCCAAGGCGUCCGUCGCGCGCGACAUCGGCGUGCCCGAGUCCACGCUGCGCGGCUGGUGCAAGAACGAGGACAAGCUGCGCUACAUGACCUCGCGCCUGUCCUCGCCCGACACCGACAAGAGCAACGACGGCGAGCCGGCCGACAAGCGCGCGCGCACGGAGUCCCCCGCCGCGCCGCACUCGCCCGCGCCCAGCGGCCUCGACCUCACCCACGCCGCGCACGCCCCGCGCCCCGCCGCGCCCGACGCGCCCGUCGAGCUCACCACGCGCCGCCCCGACCCCUCGCCCCCCGCGCCCGCGCCCCGCGAGCGCCGCCCCGACCCCGGCGCCAGCGUCUCCAUGAGCGCCAUCAGCCCGCUCUCCGGCCUGCCCCACCUGCCCGCCCUCUCGCACUCCCACCUCGGCCUCAGCUUCAACGAGAUCGCCACGAACCUCACGCUCCUGGCGCAGCUUAACCCCGGCCUGUCGACGCUGGCGGCGCAGCCCGGCAGCCGGGCGCUCCGCUCGGUCCGCUCGCCGAAGCCCAACGGGGUGCUCAACUUGAACGAGAGCAAGCACCGGUCAAAAUCGAACCACUCGUCGGACCCGUAUCGGCACUCCUCGUCGAAGUCGCACCACGGGAACUCACACGCGGCCCCGGGCCACCCCGUGGACGACUCGCUCUGGUACUGGAUAAAGACGCACCAGGCGAUGUUCGACUUCUCCGCGCAGACCGCAGCCGCGCACCCGCUGCAUCUAGGCAAGGCCGCCGAGCCGGCGCCGCCGCCGAAGCCGGUCGCGCCGGCGCCGCCCGUCAGCUCGCACCUCGAAUUCAACCGGGACGCGUGGCUGUGGCAGUACUGCAAGCAGAUCGGCGGCGCCGUGCCGCUGCCGGAGGACAGGCACAAGUCGGCUUCGCAGGUCCCGAAGGACAAGUCGGCGGACAACAUUCUGUACUCCCAUCUCACCAAAGCGAAGCCGGAGGACGAUCGGGGGUCGGCGGCCACCCUGCCCCGGGACGCGACGACGGCCAAGACCGCCCCGGAGACGCCGGCUCCCGGCGGCGAGCAGCGGGUCGCCGCGCCCGCUCCCAGCCCCGAGCCCGCCGCCGAGAACAAGGAGCCGUCGCCCGAGAAGCCGAGCGAGGUCGGCCGCAACCCCUCGAAGGUGCGAAACGUUCUCGACAAUCUCCUGUUCAACAACAACAACAACAAUAACAACCAGAUAACGAGCGAGGACGCGAAAAGCGCGAGUCCCGCGAACGGCGAGUGGGAGUCGGGCACGCUGGAGGCGCUCGAGCACGGGGAGAAGUUUCUGUCGUGGCUGGAGGUGAGCGGCGACCCCAGCGUGACGCGCACGCACGUCCACCAGCUGCGCUCGCUGCUGCACAACCUGCGCGCGCGCCGCGCCGCCGCCGCGCCGCCCGCAGCGCGACACUAGGACGCGCGCGGCGGCCGGCGGCCAGACGCGAGCUACAGGGACACACUCAAUUAUAUCUAAAAUAUGUAAAUAAUUUAAUUACGUCGUCGCCAGUAAGCGUUCACUUGUGAUAUGUGUAGCCAAAUUUGCGUAAUUUCUUUGUUCUAAAAGAAAAGCUAUGCAUUAUAUGUCAUUAUUUUUAAUUUUACCUAGGUUAGAUAAAAACGAUGUUAUCUUGUGAAUAGUCUCGCGACUAAAUAGUUAAUCUAUUACGAGUUUAUGAUUAAUUUAUGGAGCAGAUGUUAUAGUUACUGUACCUAUAUCGUGUGAGUGUCGGUGGAUUCGCGCGUUUCUCUUCGAUGCCCGCGGUGCGGUCAGGCCGCGGGCGUGCGACGGGCGGCACUCGCGACGUGGCCGCGCGUCGCAGACGAUUACAUUCCUAGCUGUGCCCCAGUGUACUGUAUAGCUGUUCGACCCUCUGUUCUACCUCAGUCAUUAUGCUAAGUCACGUCCUUUCCCCGGCCCCCGGCGCUCCUUUGGCGUUGCGGCGCCGCGCGGGGUUCCCAUACCAAAUAGAAAGGACGCGAGCGUCGCUCUUGUGCCAAUCGUGUCUACGAGGUAUAUCGUUAAGGUUUCGCUGUGAAGUGUGACUAUCGCGUCGGAAGUCGGACCACGACUCGUCUGAUUGUUUUCUAUUGCUCAGUAUUUUUAAACGGACGCCAUGUCUCGACUCGGAAUUGUACUAUAAUAAUAUGUAUUAUGUUAAAUUUAACAGUAAAAAUGCUGUGAUCAAAAUUAUAUAAAUUAUGAGAGAUUAUAUCGUAAGUACAUUCCUAUUAUAAAGUGUAUUGAUAAAGUUUUAAAGUGAAUAAUUGUCCAUUCUGUGGAAUCAUUGACCUACGUCUCAUUUUUUCAGAGAUCAAAUAUAUAAAUGUCACUAAAAGUAGAUUAGUUACCUUGCAUAAAUUAGCUUCACUGAAAAUCUAUUGGACAUAAUAUUUUCUACAAAAUUACAAAUUGUAUUAAAAUAGAUAUAAUCUUUACACAGUUUGUGAACCUAAAGAAUGUUAAAAAGAAAUAAACUUGAUUGAACCCUA